AUGGGCUCCCCCAAGGAGAGCAGGGUGACAGAUGGGGCUGAAGAGGAAGGGCUGGACAGCAGGGAUAACCGCCGCCCCAGGUGUCCAGCGGAGCUCGCCGCGCUCCCGCCCCUGGGGAUCGAUCGGCUGGCUGGCGACGCGCGGCAGCGGCUCCGGAGCCACCGCCCCCUCCCCCGCCCGGGCUACGCAGGACGCGGCCUCGAAGCAGCGUCCUCGCGGUUCCGGGCCGCGGCCGGUCUCGGCUGCCGGCCAGCGGGGAAGGCGGAGACGCACCGGGCCCUUCCUAUCGCUCGGGCCUCGCCACGCCGGGCUGCCCUGACGCUGGGAAGGGGUGGACCAGCCGACGUCGUAGAAAACGACGCGUCCCGCUUCGGCGCCCGCGACCACCGCGUGCCGCAGGCGCGACCCUGCGGCGGCCAGUGUGGCCCCAAGGCUUGCCCCAAGGGGCCACGACCUCGCGGCGCGCCGGACCCGUUCCCCGCCCCGCGCGCCCAACCGGGCCCUCCCACCUGGAGCCCCAGCUCCGGCCCCCAGCUGCUCUCUGAGGAGGGACGCGGGGGCGUUAGGGGCUUCACCACCCAAAUGAAAGCCGACCUUCGCGGGCGAUUCUGUCUUUGCCUUCUCCUUGCAUCCAAUCCCGCGGACCUGAGCUCCUCCCCGCACCCGCUGGCAGCUCCAGAAAAGAUCCGCCGUAUUGGCCGGCGGGAUCCACCCUUCCUCCCCAGCUCAGCAGCAGGCCGCCCGGCUCCUGCGCAAACCCGCCGUCGGGGCACCGGGUUCUAUAGCGUGGCCCCCGAGAUCCGGAGCGCGGGCCCCGGAGGGGCGCGGGCGGAGCGAGCCGAACAGCGGCCUGCGGAGUCCGACGCCCCUGGCGGCGCGGAGGCUGCAGCGGCCGCUCGCCCUCCCUCGGCACCCCCCUGCCCGGAGAAGCCUCGGAAACACCCCUUGGAAAAAGAUUUUCCAGGGGAUUUUCUAGCGAGGGGGCGGGCGGAGUGUCGGGAAGCUAAGACCCUCCCCGGACGAAGGGACUGUCCAGGACAAGAGAUCGCAGCCCCGCGGGCGGCGCCCUCGGAGGCCGCGUGGGGCGCAGCAGCUCCCCCAGCCGGACGCUGGAGCUGCACGCCGGAACGCGCCGUCUCGCCGCCGGAGGUGCUAAACUUCACACUCGGCGGCUUCUCCGGCCGCGUCGGGAGGGCCUCGGCUCGGCUGCCGCUGCCGCUAAAUAGCUUUCGGUUCAUGAAGGCAGAAUAUAACACGUGGGAACCCGAGGAGAACAUCCUGGAUCCCCGGCUGCUGAUCGCCUUCCAGAACAGGGAACGGCAGGAGCAGCUGAUGGGAUAUNGGAAGAGAGGGCCAAAGCCCAAACCACUGGUGGUGCAGGUACCUACCUUUGCCCGUCGUUCCAACGUUCUGACCGGACUCCAGGACUCCUCGGCUGACAACCGCGCCAAGCUGGAGCUGGGUGGUCAGGGCAAGGGCCAGGGGCACCAGUACGAGCUCAACAGCAAGAAGCACCACCAGUACCAGCCGCACAGCAAGGAGCGGGCGGGCAAGCCCCCCCCGCCAGGCAAGAGCGGCAAAUACUACUACCAGCUCAACAGCAAGAAGCACCACCCCUACCAGCCUGACCCCAAAAUGUAUGACCUGCAGUACCAGGGCAGCCACAAGGAGGCGCCCAGCCCCACCUGCCCGGACCUAGGCGCCAAGAGCCACCCGCCAGAUAAGUGGGCCCACGGCGGGGGUGCCAAGGGCUACCUGGGAGCGGUGAAGCCCUUGGCCGGUGCGGUCGGGGCUCCAGGCAAGGGCUCCGAGAAGGGUCCCCCCAACGGGAUGACGCCGGCCCCCAAGGAAGCGGUGACGGGCAACGGGAUUGGGGGCAAGAUGAAGAUAGUCAAAAACAAGAACAAGAACGGACGCAUCGUGAUCGUGAUGAGCAAGUACAUGGAGAACGGCAUGCAGGCAGUGAAGAUCAAGUCCGGAGAGGCAGCCGAGGGCGAGGCGCGCUCCCCCAGCCACAAGAAGCGGGCUGCCGAGGAACGUCACCCCCCUGCAGACAGGACUUUCAAAAAGGCCGCGGGGGCGGAGGAGAAGAAGGCGGAAACGCCCUCCAAGAGGAGGGAGGAGGAGGGGCCGGGGCCCGGGGACCCGCAGCCCCAGGAGGCCGGCUCCCGAAAGCUCUCCCCGACCAAGGAGGCCUUCGGCGAGCAGCCGUUGCAGCUCACCACCAAGCCUGACCUGCUGGCCUGGGACCCGCCCCGCGGCACACAGCUGCCCUCCCAUCAUCACCACCACCACCACCACCACCAUCACCACGCCGUCGACCUAAAUCUCUCCCACGCGCGCAAGCGCUGCCUCUCCGAGACCCACGGCGAGCGAGAGCCCUGCAAGAAGCGCCUGACAGCGCGCAGCAUUAGCACCCCCACCUGCCUGGGGGGCAGCCCCACCGCCGAGCGCCCCGCGGACGUGACCCCCGCUGCCGCCCUCCCGCAACCGGAGGUCAUCCUGCUGGACUCGGACCUGGACGAGCCCAUAGACUUGCGCUGCGUCAAGACGCGCGGCGAGGCCGGGGAGCCGCCCAGCGCCCUCCAGGUGAAGCCUGAGGCGCCCGCAACCGCGGCGGUGGCAGCUGCGCCGGCGACAGCGGCCGAGAAGCCUCCGACCGAGGCCCAGGACGAGCCCGAGGAGCCACUCAGCGAGUUCAAACCCUUCUUUGGGAAUAUAAUUAUCACCGACGUCACCGCAAACUGCCUCACCGUCACGUUCAAGGAGUACGUGACGGUGUAG